AGUGAGUUUGUUGGACGUCGUGGGCCUCUUGUCAAACUCUAUUGCGACAACGCCACGAAUUUUGUUGGUGCAGCUCGCAUGCUCAAGGAGCGCAUGGAUGCAUUCAAUGCCAAGGACGGAGACCUCAAGGCGUAUGCUGCGGCUCACAGUUUUUCGGUGGAAUUCAUUCCCCCGCGAGCCCCGCACAUUGGAGGCCUGUGGGAGUCGGCGGUGAAGUCCGCCAAGAAUCUGCUGCUCAGGGCUAUGGGCAGCGCAGUGCUCAAGGAGGACGAGCUGCAUACGGUUCUCGUGGACGUCGAGGCCGUGCUCAAUUCCAGACCACUGGUGGUCGACAGCGGCAGCCCCAACGAAGGGGAGGUGGUGACUCCAGCGCAUCUACUAGUCGGCAGAACCCGAAUCAGAGCUGCCCAGACCAGACAGCAGCCUCUCAUAUCUGCAACGAUGGCAGCUCGUGUCUGCCAUCAAGCAAAGAUUUUUGAGAGAUUGGUCCAGAGACUAUCUUCUCAGCCUUCAACAGCGAGGGAAGUGGUCCGAGGAGGUCGCCAACUUGGAGCCAGGCAGAGUGGUGGCAAUUCACGAGGACAACGUGCCCCCUCAAAUGUGGCUCACCGGAAUAGUGGAGGAGGCAAUCCCAGGAGCGGACGGGAAGGUUCGCGUGGCCGUGAUUAGGACGAAGGCCGGGGUCUACAAGCGAUCGAUCCAUCGUUUGGCGCCUAUUCCAUUGGAUUGAAGCCUAUAGGCUGUCAACGCGGCCGAUGUUAAGGCAAAUCAGUUGCCUGCAUAUAUAUAUAUAGCUAUAAUUAUACCUAAGAGACAUGUAUGAAAUCACGCUCUUAAAUUGUAAUGUCAUGCGCUCUUAUACCAUGUUGCGAACGGAGCCUAUGCAAGCAGCAGCCGCUCAUGAAGAGGGCGCCGCUUUAGAAUAA